CUCACCCUCCUCCUUCAUCUCCUUGAGCCCCUUAAAAAUAACCAAAGCCAUGAACAUAUUCCAAGACUGGCCUGAGCCUAUUGUCCGUGUCCAAUCCCUAUCCGAAAGCAACCUUCAAGCCAUACCAAACCGCUACGUCAAGCCUCUGUCUCAACGUCCAAACUUGCCCUCUCAAAACCACCACAACAAACACAACCCUCACACCGCCACCAUACCCAUCAUUGACUUAAGUGGCUUAAACACAAACGACAUAACUCUACAUGCCAAAACGCUUGAGGAGAUCUCAAAAGCUUGUAGAGAAUGGGGAUUCUUUCAAGUAGUGAACCAUGGGAUGAGUCCGCAGCUCAUGGACCGAGCUAAAGAAACAUGGAGAGAGUUCUUUCAUCUUCCCAUGGAACUGAAAAACAUGCAUGCUAAUUCGCCAAAGACUUAUGAGGGAUAUGGAAGCCGACUUGGCGUAGAGAAGGGUGCUAUUCUUGACUGGAGCGACUACUAUUAUCUUCAUUAUCAGCCUUUGUCUUUGAAGGAUUACUCCAAGUGGCCAUCUCUGCCUCUUCAUUGCCGAGACAUGUUAGAGGAAUAUUGCAUGGAGAUGGUGAAGUUGUGCGAGAACUUGAUGAAGAUAUUAUCAAGAAACUUGGGAUUACAAGAGGAUAGACUUCAAAAUGCGUUUGGUGGUCAAGAUGAAGCAGGAGGGUGUUUGAGGGUUAAUUACUACCCAAAAUGCCCUCAGCCGGAGCUAACUCUCGGGCUCUCUCCGCACUCUGAUCCCGGAGGAUUGACCAUUCUAUUACCAGACGAGCAUGUCGCAGGUCUUCAGGUUCGUGGAUCUGACGAUGCUUGGAUCACAGUCGAACCAGCUCCUCAUGCUCUUAUCGUUAACAUUGGUGACCAAAUUCAAAUGCUAAGCAAUUCAGUAUACAAAAGCAUAGAGCACAGAGUGAUCGUGAACCCUGCAAACGAGAGGUUGUCAUUGGCAUUUUUCUACAACCCAAAGGGUAAUGCUCCGAUCGAGCCACUGAAGGAACUAGUGACGGUAGAUUCACCAGCUCUCUACACUUCCACGACCUACGAUCAAUACCGUCAAUUUAUUCGUACGCAGGGUCCACGUAGCAAAUCUCAUAUCGACGAACUUAGAUCCCCUCGAUAG